CUCCGUCCGUCUGCGACAUCGUCCCCUCGCGUCCCACUCUUUGCUGGCCGUCUGGCCGGCCAAACCCAGCCUCGAUAUGCCCGGACCCUUCCGGGCAAACACUCGUCUUUCAAAGCUUGCUCAUGUCGUGUCGGUUGGCAGCAGACGCGGUCAUGCUGGGAUAUUCGUGACUGGGCGACCUGCGUAACAUUGUAACCUAAGCCCGGCCUCUUUGGCCGUUUCCAUGCCUUCGUGGCAGCCUCUCAUACUUCCGGAUCCCUUGGGCAGCAUGGGCCAUGAGCAGCACGGCUGAUCGAAAAGUUCCCGAUUGGGCCUCUGCUUUGCCCCAGGACGACGACUCGCGUCCCGGAAAGCGGUCGCGGGUCGCUCUGGCAUGUCAAAGGUGCAAAACCAGGAAACAAAAGUGCAAUGGCACAAAUCCAUGUGCAAAAUGCGAGGCCCUCGACCUGCCUUGCGAGUAUGUCGUUCCCCAGAAGCCCAUGCCCUUCGGCAAGAACCAAUACAUCAAAUCUCUGGAGCGCCGGGUCGCCGAACUUGAAACGCUGCUGUCUACUCAUGGCUUAGCAGAGCCAAGCAAGGACCACUGGGUCCCGUCUUCCAAAGCCAGCGACAAAGCUAGCAGCCAGUACGCCGAUGACACGCCAAAUACUGAUGAACUUGACCCGGAGUGGCAAGAUGGCGGCAACGUCACGGCCAUAUUUCGCAAUCUCGCUCUUGACGUCAAUGGACAGGCAUAUACCGGCUCUGCAUCGCAUUUCACGAUGGGCAAGUUGCUCGGCUCUCUAAUGCGUUCACAGCCACGACGGGCAUCUACCUUCAGUGUUGUUCAAAGCGUGCACGGCAGUCGCCAUGGAUCGGUCGCCAUGACUUCUCCGGAGACCUCAAUCAACCACCUAGACCCGGCCGCUUCGGCUCGUACCACAAUCAACUUUUCUGACAUGCCUGAGGAGGUGGCUGAGCGAUUGCUACGGGGCUACUGGAAGCAUAUAGGCACUCGGUUCCCCGUCCUCUACUCACGUUGGCUCAGCGAGGUUCACGUCAAGAGUCGAAGGCAGCAGCUGACAGGUGUUCACGAAAUCGCAAUCCUACAUCUUGUUUAUGCCGGCGCCGGCAGGUUUCUUGAGACUGCUGGAGAAACAGGUCCUUUCCAUCCUCAGCGACACCUAGCCUCGGCACUUGAACAUAUGGACGAGAUUCUCGGUGCAGGGGCUGAUCGCCGCUCGGUCGCAACUCUUGUCCUACUCGCAGUCUGCUGUCUACGCGAUCCGUCCGGGCCAGGCGCCUGGGCAUACAUACGUUUGGCUACGACAAUAGCCAUUGAGCUUGGCUUACACCGCGACUGUGAAGUCAAAGGCCGGACGAAGCUUCAGACUGAGCUGGACCGAAGACUUUUCUGGGCUAUCUACGCCUUCGAUCGGCAGAUAUCUAUCCCGCUUGGUCGUCCGUUUUCGAUAUCAGACCAAGAAAUCGACGUCCCGUUACCACUCGACGUCGAUGAAAGCACGACAGCUGAGGAGCUUGAGGCCAGGGCGGUGUCGUCCAGUACAUACCAAGCGCCAAGGAUCAGUACUUCCUUGUCUUCAUUUAUCCAGCUUGUUCGAUUGCGUCGAAUUGAAUCAGCCAUACAUAAUACUGUGUACAGGGUCGAUAGUGAUAACGCAAACGUUGAAGACGAAGUGAUCGAGGACCUCCUUGAACGGUUGGAACAGUGGCGGGAGCUUGUACCGCAAGACGCGAGCGGCAAGCGAGAUCAGUCUCAUCUUGACGCCAUUCCGUAUGACGGCUUUGAGCUCUACAUGGUCCAUUACUUCAAGAGCAAACGCCUCCUGUUAUAUCCGCAACUUGCCAAAACACCGGUCAAUUUGAAAUUUCUCAAGGAAUGCGCAACAUCGUGUUCAGGCGUGUGUGGCGCUUACAAGCGAAUCCACCAAGCAAUGGCCGUCGGCUACUCGCUCAUGGCUCUCCAGACAGUCUUCAUGGCAGCCGAGAUCUUUGACCUAACCACAAGCAAUGGUAUUCACGACUGCAGCGUCGUUUUGUUUGUGAUUGCAGAGAGAGUGCCAGCCGCUCGAAGAUAUCGGAACGUGUUUGAAGUCAUCCGACAGCAAGUGAUGGAUCUGCUGUCGGACACGAACAAUCCACCCCGGCCACGGAUGUCUUUAUCUGCUGGGCAAGCGGGUGAGCUAGCCGCUUCCACCGAAGCCUUUGCGGUGGAUCAAACUUUCGAGGGGAACAACAUCGGUCUUGCACAGUUCUCCCACAUCAUUUCGGAUCUGAGCAGGAAUGUGCAGCCGGAGGCGAGCACGAUGGCUGCCGACCCGUUCAACACCAUGCCGGACGAGUACGCCAUGUCGCAGUCUGGCAUGUUUGACUACAACAACGUCGGCUUCGGUGUCAGUCCCUCCGACCCCAGCACAGAUAGUCUCGCGGCUUGGUUCGCAGCUGCGCAUUCGACUGGCAACAACAGGCCAAGAUGA